CUCUGGGCUUUACUUUUUUUCCGGUAGAAAACCCCUGCACACAUGUAGCAGAUGACAAACCAUGCAAGGAUGGAAAAAAAUACUGCACGUACAAAAUCAAAUCUUUACAACUGUGAAGUUCUGAUCAGUGCACCUGAAUUAUUCAAAUACAGAAAACAGACAGAUAAAUUUGUACCAACUGUUGGUGGCAGUAAGGAUUUUGAACCUGAUGGUAGUUGGCUUCAGACAAAAAAAUUAGAGAAGUUUUAUGAAGAGAGACUAGAACUGCUUUCUGAACAACGAGUAGAAAGAUGCGGUAACUUAGUAACUGGAGACUGGGAUCCUGAGAAAAAGUUGGUUCAACUUCACAAAGAAUUGGGUAAAUUCUGGGUGUACAUGGGUUUUGUAGAUAAAAGCAGAAAAUGGCUUUACCCAGAGGAAGCACUAUUUCUGAUGGAAACAAAUACAAUGGAAGUAAAGUAUAAAGGAUUACCAUUGAGUAUACAGCAGGCAUACCAAUGUUUCUUCAGUAUUGAGGUUACAUUAGAACAGUACCAAGUCUACACACAUCUAAGAAGAUUGGGAUAUGUACUUGUUAGACAUCAGGGAAGGUUGAAUGUUACUGAAUAUGAAAAGAAAAUCAAACUUGACCAGCAUUUGAAAGCAGAUAGAAGGAAAGAUAAGAAAAGAAAAAAUAGAAAAGAAAAUGAAAGUAAUGAAAUAAAGAAAAUCAAACUAAGCAAUUCAGUUCAAGAGGAAACUGGUGAUAUGGAAGUAGUUGAAGAAACCAGUAUAGUUGAGUCAAUUGAACAAACUAGUUUUAUGGAAUUGGUUCAGGGAACCAGUCCAACUGAGGGUGGACAGAACAAAAAAGCAGGAGAUCUUCGUGAUGAAAUGGACAUAAAUAAUGAUUCUACGGAUCAAACCGAACGAAUAAACAAAGAAGGAAUUGAAACAAAUAAAGAAGCAAAAUAUACCAGGUUAAUUUCUGAUAGUGUGUCUCAGGAAAGUAAUACAGGUUUAUGUGAGGCUGUUGGGAAUUCCCAUGUGAGCUAUAUCUCUUACAAAAUGAAAUCAAGACAGAAAUGUUUAGAUUCAGACAUAAGUGUCAGUUUUGCACAGCCAUCUUGGACCUCUGUGAAAACAAUUUCUACAAAUCAACCUAUUGAUUGGAAUUUUUCUGAGAUAAUAUUUCCAGAUAUAGGAAAAGACAAGGUUCUACAUUUUAAAAAAUACAACAAAAAUCAGCAGUUAUUUCCACAUGGUAUUCAGUUACAAGAUAAUUGUAUUUUUGAUUCAGAACAAUAUAAUCUUAAUUUGACUUCAAAUAAACAUAAGAAAGACGAAGAAAAUUUUAACUUAGAAUAUUCUUUUGAACCCUCACAUUGGAAAAAGAAACCAGUCACAGCCAAAAACUGGAAAGAGUACAAAGAAAAUCAGGAGGAAGCUACACCUGUGUCACAUUUGUGGAAAGGGGACGUAACUCCAUUAGUAAAACCAUGUUAUUCUUCUAGUUUAGAUUCAGUCAUUGAGAAGUUACAAGUUGUGAAGAAUUUAUCAUUUACAUCACAUAUGUCAUCAAGUUUGAAAGAUUUGCAGCACAAAGUAAUAUAUGAUGUCUAUCUCCCUGAUGCUAAAUUCAAAAAGUCAAGUCCUGGUCUUCCACAUCAUAGGCUCUGUGUUUUAAGACAUAGUGAACCAUUGCCAGAUUUACAGACAUUAACAAGUCUCCAUCACUACUACACAGAUGGUAUACCUAUACAGUGGGCAGUGGUGGAUAAUGGAGAUAUAGCAUUUUAUGGAUUUACAGAUAUAGAGAUACCCGAUAUGUUGUGAUUCAAUAAUAAUAAUAAACAAAAUUGUAAUUAU